AUGAAGCAUCGAUUCUUACCCAUCCAGCUUCUGAAACAAUAUUCAAGUGAUAACCGAUUCUUGCCCAGAAAUCUUCAUUGCUUCAACUGCAUAAAGCAGAGGAGUUAUUCAAAAGAACACACUGAUCGGGAGAUUGAACCCAAAGUUCGACAGAUCUCAGAGUUCUUUAUCAAACCAAAGCAUGCUUCAGAGGAGUCCAAGCAGCCUUUGUACCUGGCUCCAUGGGAUCUCACCAUGCUUUCUGCACACUACAUCCAGAGGGGACUUCUCUUCAGAAAGCCUCCGGCAGCAGAUGGCCGAGAAGGUUUCCUCAAAACUGUCUUGGACAGGCUUAAGCGCUCCCUUUCCCUUACCCUUGUCCAUUUCUACCCACUUUCCGGCCGCCUUGUGACAGAAAUGAAUGGAAGCCAGCCUUCAUGCUUGAUUUUCGUCGACUGCAACCACAGCCCUGGAGCUAAAUUCAUCCAUGCAGCAGUAGAUGUGAAAGUAUCUGACAUUCUUUCACCCAUUGAUGUGCCAUCCAGUACUGUUCAAUCGUUUUUUGACCUUGAUAAAGCUGUCAACUUUGAUGGCCAUACCUUGCCUUUGCUUUCUAUUCAAGUGACAGAGCUAAAAGAUGGCAUCUUUAUAGGGUGUUCCAUGAACCAUUCCAUUGCAGAUGGAAACUCUUUCUGGCACUUUUUGAACACCUGGUCUGAGAUCUUUCAGGCUGAUGACGAUAUUUCGAUUUCACGCCCCCCAAUCCAUAAACGAUGGUUUCCUGAUGGUUAUGGUCCAAUCAUCAACCUCCCUUUCACCCACCAAGAUGAGUUCAUCAGCAGAUAUCAAGCCCCAGAACUAAGAGAGAGAAUUUUCCAUUUCUCAUCAGAAUCAAUAGCCAAACUCAAAGCAAAAGCCAACGCUGAGUGCAAAUCCGAAAACAUCUCUUCCUUCCAGUCCUUGUCGGCACUUGUCUGGAGCUGCAUAACGCGUGCACGCCGUCUUCCACAAGAUCAGAUAACAAGUUGCAAGCUGAUGAUUAACAACAGAUCAAGAAUGGAUCCGCCCUGGUCUCAGGACUACUUCGGGAACUCCAUUCAUAUAGUGGCCGGCGUAGCCACGGCAGGCGAGUUGCUUGAACGCAAUCAUGGGUGGGCGGCGUGGCAGCUGCACCAGGCCGUGGAUAACCACACCGACAAGGUGGUGCGGGGGUGGCUUCAAAACUGGCUGCAGUCUCCUACUGUUUCACAACUUUCUCGAUAUUUUGAUCGAUACAGUUUACUGAUUGGGAGUUCACCCAGAUUCAACAUGUAUGGGACCGAGUUUGGAAUGGGGAAAGCAGUGGCAAUAAGAGGUGGGAAUGGAAACAAGUUUGAUGGGAAAUUGUCAUCAUACCCAGGAGAUGAAGGUGGGGGAAGCAUAGAUUUGGAGGUGUGCCUUGCGCCAGAGACAAUGAGUUCUCUCGAGUCUAAUUUUGAGUUCAUGGAUGCCGUCUCUGUGCCUCAUGAUUAGCUGCAUUUAGUUUGCGAAGCUCUAACCCUUUUGAG